GUUCGGAGGGAGCUGCCGCUGGAUUCCCGCGGUGGUGCAGCUCCUGCCUCGCCCUCUCCGCGCGCGCUCCGCCUCGCCCGGGCAGGGUUACGCGCCUCGACGCCUCUGCUCAGCCCGGCGGGACGUGCAGGAUGCUCCCCUCCGCGGCGCAGUUACUCCGGAGUGCCUGGGGAGGGAGGUGGCAGCCCCGGAUGCGGCUGCUCGCCCCUCUGGCGGGCGGAGGAGGGGGAGGGCGAAGAAACGGGAGCUCUUCCCUCCAGCGGGACCAGCCGCAGAUGCUGUGUCUGAGAAAAAUUGGAAACCUAAGACAUCACAGAAGGUUGCUUUGUAGCUCCCUAGUGCCAUCUGAUGAAGUCAGUGUUAAUUAUAAACAUGGGUUGCCAGUGAUAACCCUUACGUUACCCUCCAGAAAGGAACGCUGUCAGUUUACUGUGAAGCCGAUGCUAAUGACUGUCAGAGACUUUAUACAGGACAUACAGCAGGAGGAUAAAGCCAUUGAAGAGAUAGAAGCCUUCACGACAGAUGGCAGUGUGGUCUCUGCUUCAACACUGAUGGAACUUCUGUUGAUGAAUGACUUUAAACUUGUCAUCAAUGGUAUUGAAUACAGAGUACAUCCCCCACUGAAAGAUAAACUGAGCACUGAACAUGCUACAAAUGUGGAUGAUGUCAAGUCUUUGGUCCAUAGAUUGUUCACAGCCCUUCAUUUAGAAGAUCAUCAGACAAGAAGAGAGAGGGAAUUGUUGCAGAAAAUGGAACUUCUGAAAGAAGAACUGCUGCCUUUAGAGCAGAUAAAAGCCAGACUCACUGCAGAGGCUGAUGCUAAGAGUUCUCGUCUUCUAUGGAUUGGCUUAGCCUUAAUGUCUACUCAAGGAGGAGCUCUGGCCUGGCUUACCUGGUGGGUCUAUUCAUGGGAUAUAAUGGAGCCUGUCACUUACUUCAUCACCUAUGGAAGUGCCAUGGCAUUCUAUGCUUACUUUGUACUUACUAAACAGGAUUAUAUUUACCCAGAUGCGCGAGACAGGCAGUUCCUCCACUUCUUUCACAGGAGAUCCAAAAGCCAGAAUUUCAAUGUGGAUCAGUACAACAAGUUAAAAGAUGAUCUUGCAAAGGUAGAAGAAGCCUUGAAACGGCUGAAGAACCCUUUACAAUUACGUCUUCCAAUCCAAGAAAUAAAUGACAAGCUUUAAUUUUUUA